GCGAAGCCUUUUUUGUAUUUGAAACAGACCAUGAGGUGCCUGAAGAAUUUCAAACCUCUCCAAUUUUGCAAGCUUUGGCUGAAAAUAAGUCAGAAGUAGAGAGCAUCUUAUGAUGGAAAAAGUUGAAAAGGAAGAUAAUUUCGAGGACGAAGAAGAUGGAGACCGCAAGAAAAAGGAUUUCUCACAUAUACCCGCUGAAUUACAAUCACCUAAGAUGAUUAUCGAAGAACAGAUGGAUAAAGUAGUUACCAAAAUCGAUUCACAACGUUAUGGAAAUGAGAAAACAAAAGAAAGUGGAAUGAAGAACCAUAUACAUUCAUUAGACGACGGGUCAACCUUGUUAGAAAGAGUUGCCCCAGAAGCAAUCACUACCACGACAAUAGCUAAAGAAAGAUUCAUAGUUAGACCUUUGAAUGGAGACAUUCAUUCUUAUUGGAUGGACGUGACACAUACGCUAACAGAAAUACCGCCAAACGAUGAUAAUGGCAUCAACAAUAAUGGGGGCCAUCAUUCAGAUGAGCAUAAACAAGAAGAAAGUUACCACACUUCGACUGAUAAGGAAUCAAUUGUGCUUGAUAUAUCUGGUUAUAAAACAGCUUCUGUGAAUAAGGAUGACAAAGAUGCUGAAAAACAGUAUGAACAGUGUAAAAACACUAUUGAAAGUGAUACCGCUGAUAUGUCCUCGCGUAAUAAAGAUCGAAUGAAGCAGACUUUGGAUGAUUCAUUGAAAGAGUCGACAAUGAAAAUAGUAGCUGAUAGCCCUACGCCAGACGACACCCCCAUGUCCACAACGAUGAAAACUCCCUCUAAAGAAGCCCCCGCUGAAUCAGUUUCAGUGGACGAUUUAUCGACGAAUGUAACAGCAAAACCUGAAGAUACCUCCAUAUUAGAAGAAAAGAAAAAGGAAAAGGAAGAGACACUCAUGGAAGAUGUUGAGAAAGCAAUCGAAAAGUCCAUUGAGCCCACUGCUGAAGAACGGAAACGGUUGGAAGAAAAGAUCAACAGCCAAAAUGACAAUGAAACUGUCAAACUAAAACCUGGACGUACUUAUCGUAUAGAAAUGAGUCUAUGCGGUUUCUCGUCAUUUACUUUUGACAAAGAAGCCAACGCUACCCUUUUUAAAGAGAAUCAAGUUAAUUACAACACCUUUGUUCAUAAUCCAAGUAUUCUAAAUGAUCAUCGUUUGGUGUUUCGAUAUGAUGGCCAUUACUUUGCAGCAGCUAAAAACAAUCCGUUAUUCACAUCUCUAUUAAUUUUCAAAAAGCCUUUACAGAAAGACGAUCAGCUGGGGACAGGAAAGAAAGACGAUACUGGGUCUGAUAAUUUAUCAGACAGCAGAGAUACUUAUUCCUAUGGUCGCGGUUGGAGACAAUGGUUGAGCCGGUCUUCUUCAGCGAAUGCCGUACCUAGUCUAGAAGAGUACAAUAAUGGUGUUAUUAAACCCACGAAAGACUCAAUGGAAAGCGAGAACCAACCUGUACAUCACGGCUCGGCACCCGACAGCACGAAACGGAAGGACGACGGUAUCACUUAUAGUGAACAGACUACCUUCACUACUACAACCAAGACAACCUCCGUUGGCUGGUCGCUGGAGCACGGACAGGAACAAGCUGGCAGCGGGCCUUUUUUCCAAAAACGAAAGAACUACGCUAAAACCCUUCGUCUUACCUCUGAUCAGCUAAAACAGUUAAAUUUGAAAAAGGGAGUUAAUACCAUCAGUUUUUCUGUGUCAUCGGCAUAUCAAGGUACAGCAACUUGCGCUGCAAAGAUCUUCUUUUGGGAUCACGAUAUUCAAAUAGUUAUAUCCGAUAUUGAUGGCACCAUCACAAAGUCCGAUACUAUGGGUCACCUGAUGACCAUGAUCGGUAAAGACUGGACUCAUGCAGGUGUUGCUCGAUUGUAUACCGAUAUUGCCAACAAUGGUUACCAUUUCAUUUAUUUAACCAGCCGUGCCAUUGGUCAGGCUGACUACACACGAGAUUAUUUGAGGAAAGUCAUGCAGGACAACUAUCAACUGCCUGACGGCCCCGUGAUCAUGUCUCCAGAUCGAUUAUUUACCUCUUUACAUCGUGAAGUUAUCAUGCGGAAACCAGAAAUGUUCAAAAUGGCAUGUUUGCGGGAUAUCCAACGUUUGUUUGGCAAUUGUGAUCCAUUUUACGCAGGGUUUGGAAAUCGAAUCACAGACGCUAUAUCCUACCGUAGUGUGAAUGUUCCCUCAUCGCGUAUUUUCACCAUCGAUGCUCAGGGUGAUUUGAAAUUGGAAUUGUUGCUUGGUUUUAAAUCCUCCUAUAUCCAUUUAAACGAUAUGGUAGAUCAGAUUUUUGCGCCUAUCAACAAAGCAGUACGGGAAGAAUUCAACGACUACAAUUUUUGGAAGCAACCAAUGCCAGACAUCCAAAUACCUGAACUGGAUGAAGAGGAACCUUUCCCUCCGACCUCACCCAAACCAACACCCAUCAAACCUGACCCGCUGAAGAGCUUACCCAAAGAAUCCGUAGUAGCAUACCAACCUGAACCAAAGCGAGGUUUGUUGAGAAGCUUGACAUCCAGGUCAUCUUCCUCAACCACUUCGAACACAACAGCUUCUGCUACUGCCGCUGCCAAACGCCAUAGGCGUAAGAAAGAAACGCAAACAGCCGCCGCUAAAACUUCAACCAUUAAGAAAACUCCUUCUAUUGCCACCAUUCCUAUACCCCAUUAUUACCGGCCUCUAAUGUCUUCCAAUAGCGCACCUGAUUUAUCCUCGGAUAUCAAACUCACUGCCUCUGAUAAGUCUCACAUCAAUGAAAAUAGUAACCUGAAGAGUGAUGAAGAAGAUUAUGAUGAAGAAUUAUCUUCUGGUCAGGUAUCUCCUACAGUUUUAUCGUCAUCACCGCGAUCUUUACCUGAUGAUUUCAAGCACAAUGAGUCGGAAAGUACAGAAUUUAUACCUCAAUUGCCUUCACAUUCAAGAUCCACGUCUGGCAUUAUGAGUAAAGUGAUGGGUGGUGUUUUCUCUAGAAAGAGUGUAAGUACGACCACUGCAAAUCUUAAGUCAACUAAAGAAGUCCCCAAGGUCAAAGAGAAUUCUAGAAAGAUUGAUGAACGACAGAAGGACUCAAAAAAGAAGCAGGAAGUUGAAGAAAGUAAGGAAAAGGCUGACUUGGAAGAGUUGGAAGACGAGGAUGAUCUAUACAACUCUGAAAUCGAUGAUUUGGAUUUAGAUAAGAUUCCCUUUAUAUAAUGAAAUACUUAUGUUAUUCUUCCAUUUGUUUUAUCUUCUUAAAUUUUUUGUACUAUAUUAAGGAUUCUGUUUGUACAUUAUUAUUUAUCGUUAUAUUUUUAUUGCUUAUAUUCCCGGCUACAAUAAACCAUCAAUCGUGG